CAGUUUGGGGCAGCUGAUGACUCCGGGAGGGUCACCCUCAAGGGUCCUACGGUCUCCUCUAGGCGAGGUGUGAAUAAGACAGCAUGAACUUUACCCCGACACACAGCCCUGUCUGCAGAAAACCAACAAUUGCCUCCAAACACAGUGUUGCUUCUGGUAUCAAUGGUCCCACCAGGAGGAGUAGAAUGGCCGAUUCAGUGGAGUCUACUCCCUUGCCUUCAAUCAGAGAUCGUCUGGCUGUCCUGUGCCCUUCUCAGGAGCUUCUGGAAUAUUAUCAAAAGAAGAUGGCUGAUUGUGAUGAAGAACAUGAGGACCUAUUGAAGAAGCUGGAGUUCUACAAAGAAGCCUGUGAAGGACAGCAUAGACUUGAAUGGGAUUUACAGCAGAAGGAUGAAGAGAUUGCUGAAUUGCAGAAAGCUCUGAGUGAUAUGCAGGUCUGUCUCUUCCAAGAACGGGAACAUGUUUUACGCCUGUACUCUGAAAAUGACCGACUAAGAAUCAGAGAACUAGAAGACAAGAAAAAGAUUCAGAAUCUCUUGGCUCUUGUGGAAACGGACACUGGAGAAGUGACCUAUUUUUAUAAGGAGCCUCCCCACAAAGUCAGCAUUUUUCAAAACACUAUUCAGGCUGCUGGUGUAUGUGAACAGAAUGAUUCUUCAGCUCCUAAACCAGAUUCUAAAGAAGAAGAAAAAAGAUCAUCAAUAAGAGAGAAGGAAUAUGGUUCUAAGCAUUACCAAGGAGACAUAGAAACACUCAUCCUACAGGUGGAAGCACUGCAGGUGCAGCUAAAAGAGCAGUCCAAGUUUUCUAGAGAGCAAGUCGAAGGGCUCAUGGAGGACAGACGGAUUCGCAUCGAGGAGAUACAAGUUCAGCACCAGAGAAAUCAGGACAAAAUUAAAGAACUAACCAAAAGUCUCCAUCAUACCCAAGAACUGCUCUAUGAGAGCACCAAAGACUUUUUGAAAUUGAGAUUUGAAAACCAAACUAAAGAGAAGACAUGGAUGCUUGAAAAAGAUCAGUUGAUGUCAAAGAUUAAGCAAUACAGGAUGCAGAAUAAGAAGAAAGAUGAUAAAAUUGGAAAAGUUAUGCCAGUUUUACAUGACAGUCAUCAUACCCAAAAUGAAUAUAUUAAGUCCCUAAAGGAUAAGUUGGCACAAGAGAAAAAGUUGUCUAACAUGUACCAAGAGCAGUGCAUUGCUCUAGAAGAAGAACUUGCCAAAAUUCGAGAGGAGGAGGGAGUGAGGAGAGAGAUCUUCAAGGAUCGCUCUAACAAGAUGAGUAAGCGUUUACAGAUAAUGACAAAACGCUAUGAGGCCUUAGAGCACAGACGUAUGUUGGAAGUAGAAGGCUUUAAGACAGAUAUCAAGGUUCUCCGACAGAGACUGAAAGACUUAGAGCAAAUGCUCUAUAAGGCAACAAUUAAUACCCGGGCAAACCAGGACCUUGCCAUUCUGUGUGAGGUCCGGGACAGCAAUAGACGGGCACACAAGAUACAAGGAGAACUGAAGAACAUCAAAUCCAAAGUGUUCGGUCUGGAGAAUGAACUUAGGCUCUGUUGAUGUCUACUUUCAGAGGCGGUCAGUUUCCUGAAAUCUAGGAAAAGGUUAUCUGCUCCCAAAAAGACUUACAGUUGACUGGAGUAUCCGUUUUUAUAAAGACAAAGUGAAGAAUCAAAGUGAGCACUAAAAAGCUUAUCUUGUAUACUAAGCCUUAUUCGUAAUUUUCACUCUCCUGUUAACCUUUUGAGGAGUCUGGAUUAUAGCCUGAAUUACUCUGAGGCUUUCCCACAUUAUUUCUCCUGUUUGUUUUAACAGGUUUUGUUUUUUAAAACAAGAUGAAAAUUUAGGAGAAAGUGUUUUUUGCUAAGAACUUGGCUGAGUGUCAUUAGGAAGAACACUUUCUAAAGGAAUAAAGACAUUCAUUAAAGUUGCCUUCCUCCUAUGCAGAGAAAGCUGCAGCACUUGGCAAAUUUGCACUACUCAGCCAUGGAACUUUGGAAUUCUUCCAUCAUGAGCAUCUCCUGAAUUACCACCAGAGGGCAGUAGAGACCCUACUCCUAGGCAAAUGAUUCUAGAAAAAUAGAGGUGCCACUUUGGCAGG